UUUUUUUUCCUUUUCUUUUUUCCUACUCUUAUUCUAAUAGCAAGCAACGAAACAAGCAAUUUUUUAGUUUUAUCUUUUUCCCUCUCUUCUCUCAUUCUUUCUCACCCCACUCUUGGUUACGACAUUUUUUUGUACUUUUAAAUUUAAAUACCCUACGAAAAAGGAGAACCCUUUCCGUAACGAGCUUUACCACAAAAAAAACCUAGUAUAUAUCCAAGAUGAUGAACCUCAAGACAACUGCUAUGCUGGGAAACAUCACCCGUCAGGGUGUGUCUCGUCAGUUCAUGCCUCUCGGAAACACCAAGAACUCGGUUCUGACACUGUCACAGCGUACUGCCGCUCAAGGAGGAAAUGUCUCCGCAGCCAAUGCGCCUUCCAACCCUGUCCGUUCCUUUUCUUCCACUCAAGCGAACCGCGAUAGUAACAACAACAGUGCUGCUGUCACAGGGGCAUAUCAAUUCCAUGGGUACAAUGCUGCUGCCUCGUCGCAUUUCUCGACCAACAGCCCACUUGGUUCUCUCUCUUUGUCGACAUCACACCAACGAUUUCAAGGACCUUUGACUGCCAAUGUAAACUUCCGCAAGGACUUCAAUAAAUCUGCCACAAAUAACAAUGGCAGCAAGCCUGUGAUUCCAAAGUACAGCGAAAUCUCGAGUGAUGCAUGGGAAGCCAUCAGUGGACAGGAUGCUCGAACAGUGUUUUCAUAUCUACAAAAGAUGCAACAUGAAGGGCUGUAUGCAGACUUUGUUCUUUCCUCUCGUAUUGUUGCACAGUUCUUGGACAUGAAUAGCCCCAAGGAUGCAGAAAAGGCGCUGUCUAUGCUUGUGGACUGUCACCAGAAUCAGGGCAGAGGUAUGACAACUUCCCACAAGACCUUUUAUGCUUCUCUAGCCAAAGACAUUGCGAACCACAGCAGCGAUUUUUCGCAAGCACUCUCACUUGCCAAGCUACUUGAAAGGCAUGGAUUGCUUGCUUCUUCAGGAUUUGCAGAUGGCGCUCUUCGUACAUACCGCAACUUUAAGACCAAUGCAGGAUUGGAUGCAGUCAAAACCCUUAUCAAUGUGAAUGAUAUCGAGACUUUGCUCUCUUUGCAGUCAUCUCUCAAAACUAUCAAUCGAUACAAGCAUCUGAUUGAAAUUCUUUUGGAUGCCAAGGAAAUGAACAUUAUACCAAGCCAAGAGAUGUGCUCUCAAGUCUCGCUCUCAUUCAUGAAGCUCAACGAUUACACUGGCCAGCUUGCAUGGGAUACUGCUGUACAAGAGAUCUACCCUGGAUAUCGCCCCACUGUGCCUGAAGAUUUAGAGCAGGAAUUGAGCGAAAUUGGUUCAGUGUCAGGAUCGACAACUCCCUCUUCCUACUAUAGCAACAAUAGCAGUCGAUCCUCCAGCAUUAGCUCUCAGGGCUCAGCAACAUCUCCACGAAACAACAACAGCAAUGCCAACGAUCCUUCGGAAGCAAUUAUCCGUGCAUGCCGAUUAGGUUAUGCAACUACAGCGAUAGAGAGUAUCAACAAGAUGAUCAGCCAGAACCAACUUCCUUCUGCUCAGGCCAUUGCAGAUACAAUUCAAGUAUGCGCAAAACGCGAGAAGGAGCGAGCAACAGAUUACAAACGACUCUUUGCCUUAGCUGAACAAUCGCUUGCUUCAAUUACAGAUGUGAGCCAAAGGCGAACCGCAGAAUACGAGAUCUACAACGCCAUGUUGGUUGCCAAUGCGACUCUGGGUGACAUGACCAGUGCGAAGAAGAACUAUGACGAUAUUGUGAAGUUGGGUCAGUUCCCGGAUGCGACUGGAUAUGCGACACUGUUGAUCGCUACGACUACAGGAGCUGUGGACGAAGCUCAUGAUGCACUUCGAAUCCUGGAAGAGGUCAAGCGCCACAACAUUAAGCCCAAUAUCUUUUUCUAUAAUGUGGUUAUUGGUAAACUUUCACGCGGCCGCAAAAUCGAGCGUGUGCUAGAAGUUUAUGAAGAGAUGGUUCAGCACAACAUUCGUCCCAAUGCUAUCACCUAUGGUACGUUGAUCAGCGCCUGUACCCGAGUUGGAUCCGAAGAUAUGGCCAAGAAUCUGUUCCAGGAGAUGGUUAACGCACCCAACUACCAUGCUCGUCAUGGUCCUCAUAAUGCUAUGAUUCAAUUCUAUGUCCGUCAAAAGAAGGAUCGUCAGUCGGCUCUGUUCUACUAUGAGGACAUGCUCCAGCGACGUUUGGUCCCGACAGAGCAUACCUAUACUUUGUUGGUGGAGGCUUUUGCAUGUAUUCAACCUUAUGAUCUGACGGAGGCUAAUUGUUUAAUUCAGUCCUUGAAGCGUGGCCCUGUCCGUGCUACUGAGGCUCACUAUGGAGCUUUGAUUCAUGCCUAUGGCGUUGAGCACCGGGAUGUAAGUGCUGCGGAGACAGCCUUCAAUAAUAUGCGAGCUGCAGGCAUUGUUCCCAAAGGUCCAGCUUAUCAAUCCUUAAUCGAGUCCUUUAUCACCAAUAAUCAAGUCUCGCGUGCAGUUCAGGUGCGAAAUGAACUUUUGAAAACAGGUCAACCUUCCAGUGCGUAUAUUGAAAAUACCUUGAUCCGUGGAUACGGUAUUGAGAAGAAUAUCUUCAAGGCUGAGCAGGUUUUUGAGGCCAUGAUGGAUCCCAGCGCAGCUAAUGCUACAUCUACUGGCAAGAACAACAAUGUGAUUAUUAAGGAGCCUUCAACAUACCAGAGCAUGGUGACUGCUUACUUGGACAACGGUAUGGUAGAGAAGGCCCGUGAGACGCUCAAGCGAAUGAAGGAACAACAUUACCCAGAUUUGGUAGUCAAGCCUGUAGAGGAGGCCAUCCUGGCUGCCACUGCUACUACUCAUGGCGCCAAGAAUAGUCAUCACCACCAUCAUCAUCACCAACACCAUAAUAAUACCAUCUAGAACGGUCUUGACAUCAAGUUUGAAGGUCUUCCUAUCAGCAGCAAUUGAGGCCGGAAAAAAGUGUUUAUUUUUAUAUUUUGCAAAUAGUCUUGACAUCUGUAUUAUGUCUCUUCAAAGUAAAGCAAUUGACUUAAAUACCC